UUUUUUUUCCAUUACCAUAUGCUUCGAGGACCGUAUCUGCUUUAUUAUUCAAUUUGAGGGUAUGGUUUCUUGAAAUUGAGAUGAGUGGGUAUUAGAUUUUAGCUCACCCACUUCACCACUCGUCCUUUCAACCCUCGAACUUACCCAAUGUCGCUUAUUCUAAAACUCUGUCAUAUUUGUGGGAUUAAUCUCUCCAGUGUGUUGUUGUUUUUACCAUGUGCAUAUCACCCCUCUUUUCAAUACAGAAAAACACAUUUCAUCCCAUCUUUUUAUGAGAUACCGAUAUUGUGACACAAGUUCCUUCUCUUUUUGAUAUGCUCUCCAUGGACAUUGAUCUUGAGGUACCUAUAUGUGAGCAUGAGAAGAUUAAUAUUGAAUCUAGUGGAAAUGAUGUUACAGAUACAACAUGUGAUAUAUGUAUUGAGGAGCAUAACAUCAAUCCUUGGUCAAUGACUGCACACUGUAAGGAAGUUUUAAGUGAAAAAGCUUUCUGCUGUCAGGAUCCAGUGGAUUUGAAUUCUAAUCAAGUGGAUGCUAUUGAUAAAUUUCCCAUCAAAGAACCUCAAAAUGGCUUAGAAUUUGAAUCAAAGGAGGCUGCCUAUUCUUUCUACAGAGAAUAUGCUCGCUUAGUGGGUUUUGGCAUCACGAUAAAAGCCAGUCGACGCUCAAAAAAGUCUGGUAAAUUUAUUGAUAUUAAAAUUGUUUGUUCUAGAUUUGGAAGUAAGCGUGAGUCCGGUACAGCUGUUAAUCCACGACCAUGUACAAAGACGGACUGUAAGGCUGGAAUGCAUAUGAAGAAGAAGCUAGAUGGUAACUGGAUUGUAUACAAUUUUGUAAAAGAGCACAAUCAUGAGAUCUGUCCUGAUGAUUUUGUCAGGGGACGUAGCAAACAAAUAAGUAAUCUAGCUUGUCGUAAGAAGGCCAUGCAAUUGGCUCUAGACGAGGGAGAUGUGCAGUUGAUCAUCGAAUUCUUAAUCUCUAUGCAGUGUGAAAAUCCGAACUUCUUUUAUGCAAUAGACCUGGAUCAAGAUAGACAUUUGAGAACUGUAUUUUGGGUUGACUCAAAAGGAAAAUUUAAUUAUACAAACUUUCAUGAUAUUGUGUUGAUUGACACUUUUUACCUGAAAAACAAAUAUAAAAUUCCUUUUGUUCCUUUUGUCGGGGUCAACCAUCACUUCCAGUACAUUUUACUUGGAUGUGCACUGGUUGGGGAAGAGUCUGUUUCAGCUUUUAUGUGGUUAAUGCGAGCAUGGCUCAAGGCAAUGAGUAACCUACCUCCCAAGGUGAUCAUCACAGACCAGGAGCAAUUCUUGAAAGAAGCUGUCAUGGAAGUGUUUCCAGAUAAACGUCAUUGUUUCUGCCUAUCACAUGUUUUAUGUAAAAUACCCAAGAAUUUGGAUUAUAUCAUAAAUCAAAAUAAUAAUUUUAUGGAAAAAUUUGACAAAUGCAUUCAUCAUUCCUGUUCAGAUGAGAAAUUUGAAGAGAGAUGGUGGAAGUUGAUGAAUAGAAUUGAACUAAAGGACGACGAAUUGGUUCGGUCAUUGUAUGAAGAUCGUAAAAAGUGGGUGCCUACAUUCAUGCGGGACAUUUCUUUGGUUGGAUUAUCUACAAUUGUAAGGUCUGAGAGUAUAUCAUCUUUCUUUGACAAGUAUAUCCGUGUUGAUUCUACCUUAAAGGAAUUUAUUGAACAGUAUAAAGUUUUCUCUGUAGACUGUUUUGACAUUGAAGCCAAAGCUGACCUUGAAACAGAGCAAAAGCAACCUACAUUAAGAUCUUUAUCACCUUUUGAGAAGCAGCUAUCUACAAUUUAUACUGAUGCCAUAUUUAGAAAAUUUCAGUUGGAAAUAUUGGGAAUGAUGUCUUGUCAUCCCCAGAUGGAAACAGAAGGAAGGGAAAAUCUGACGUUUGUUGUUCAUGAUUUUGAGAAGCGGAAGAAAUUUAUUGUUUCUUGGAAUGAAGCAGAUUUGUGUGUCUGUUGUUCAUGUUGUUUAUUUCAAUACAAAGGUUUUCUAUGUAGACAUGCAAUGCUUGUCCUUCAGAAGUCCGGCAUAACCAGCAUUCCAUCCAAUUAUAUUUUAAAACGAUGGACAAAAGAUGCAAGGGCCGAUCAAUUUUCUGGUGACAUAAUUACCAGGACUGCUAAUCGAGUUCAACGUUUUAAUGACCUUUGUAGGCGGGCAAUUGUAUUAAGUGAAAUUGGAUCUUUAUCUGAAGAUACUUACCGUGUUGCAUCUCAGGCCAUGGAAGAAGUGUAUAAACACUGUAUGAACACAAAAUAUUCUGCCAGAAACACUUCGGAUCCCAACAAGUUGGCUCCUAAUGCUUUUGAUGUUGAAGAUAAAAAUUAUGGCUGCGACAGGGCAAAACAUACUAAGAAAAGGAAGUCAUUCAGUAAAAGGGAAUGCUCUGAUCCAGAAAGAAUCAAUAUCAAGACGAUGGAUGAUCUCAGAAAGAGGGAACAGAGAAGUACAAGAGCGCACGACUUCAGUAAUUGUUACAUUUAUCAGCACGACAUGCAAACUGUGGACUUGGAUUCUAGAGCUUUGACCCUUGAUGCCUAUUAUGGGACUCAGCAGAGUGUGCUUGAAGAUGCGCAGCUGAACUCAGUCUCUGUCAUGCAUGAUGGCUAUUAUAGCAGUCAACCGGCCGUUCUGGGACUGGGGCAAUUGGAUUCCAUGGCAAGCCGUGGUCCACAUUAUGGGAUGCAGCACAGGAUGCAAGGACCGGUACUUCAAGGAGAACUCACUUUCAGAACGCCAACAGUACAAGGGUGUUUUGACCUCCAAGAUAGUCUAGAACCUAUAGAAGAACCUAUUAAGGCCUCACAGUUCCAUGACAUUGCAUCAAAGCAACUAGAAGAUGAUAAAUCGCUUUCCUGAUAUCUGGAAGACUACAGUUUUCUUUCCAUGUUAGAUUAAAGAUGUGUAUGUAUAUAUAUGGAUAGUAUAGACUAGUACUAAACAAAGUUUUUCUUUUUUCUUGGGGAGUAGGGAAAAAUUGCACUCUUUAACAAAAAUGAAAAAAUGAGGACUUCGACUUCUA